AUGCUCAAAGAAAUAGUUAUUACAAUAAGCACUGGAGGAAAUGCCUUGAUCAAUGUUGGUCCCAAUAUGUAUGGAAAGAUUUCACCAAUAUUUCAAGAACGUCUUCGACAGAUGGGUUCAUGGUUACAAGUCAAUGGUGAAGCUAUCUAUGCUACUAAACCAUGGAAAUAUCAAAAUGAUACCAUCAAUCCAAAUGUUUGGUAUACGUCAUCAAAAGACAAUAAAUUUGUCUAUGCUUUUCUUCUUAUAUGGCCAAAAGAUAGCAAUGAAAUAAUACUUGGUGCUCCGUUAAGUUCUCCAAGAACAAUUGUGACACUUUUGGGUUCAACUGCUGAUUCAGUUCCAUGGAAUAUAACUAGUGGAGAUCGUGGUAUUGUGAUCGAUGUUUCAGCAAUCAAACUUCAUUUACUACAAAAAUAUGGAAUUUUCAAUCGUUCACAUCUCAAUAAUUCUUCCAUUGAUCAUCAUUUUGAAACAUUCUCAAAUCAUAAUCAUUCGUCAAUAAGGAAAACAAGAUCUAAAAGUAUCAUUCAUGCAACUAUUCGACCAUUACGAAUCAGUCAUCCUAUCAACAAUAAUUCUAUUCAAAGGAAUAAUAAUAAAUUAUUUUCAAUUUCAAAUAUUAUUAAUACUGAUGAUUAUCGAGAUCAAUCAGAAAAUUCAUCUAUCAUUCAGAAAUCAUCAGAAUUUCAAACGAAUUCAAUGAAUUUUGUUAAUGUCAAUAAAAUUCAUCGUCAUUUUCUUCUCCAACCUCAAAGAAAAAAUGUAUGGUUGGAUAAUUUCAAUACUACGAAUGAUCAUCAUCAAGAUUCAAAGAAUAAUCAAAAGAAAUUAUAUUCGAAACAAUGUUUAGCAGCCUUAAUUAUUAGUAUUCUUCUUGUUAUUGCGGUUAUCAUCACAACACUUCUCAUUUUUUUGAUCAAACCACAAACAACAAGUACAAGUACUAGUAGUACUAAAGUAGCAGUACUUCGAUGGAAUACAUCUGGAAUUACCAUAGCCGGCAUAACAACUAUGUCUGGAAAUACUUCUAAUCAAUUGAAUCAACCAUGGGAUCUAGCAUUGGAUUGGUCUAAUGCAUUAUAUGUUACUGAUCAGAGAAACAAUCGAGUUCAGAAAUUUUUGAUGGACAUAUCGACAGGUACAACAGUUGCUGGUCAAGCUAAUACAACUGGAGGAUUAACUUUGAAUUAUCUACGUGGACCCUUAGGUAUUAUUGUCGAUGAAAACAGUAAUAUCUAUGUAUCAGAUAAUAAUAAUGAUCGAAUUGUUUUUUGGUCCAAUGGUGCAACAUCUGGCUCUCUAUUUGCAGGAAAUGGUACUACUGGUAAUUCAAUAAAUCAAUUGGAUGAUCCAUAUGGUCUUGCACAUGAUCCAAAUUCAGAUGCAAUUUAUAUAGCAGAUUAUAAUAAUCAUCGAAUUAUGCGUUAUUUUCAAAAUAAUUCUUCCGGUACGCUAGUUGCUGGUGGAAAUGGUAAUGGAAAAAAUCAGACACAAUUGUCAUUACCUACUGCUAUUUAUUUCGAUUCAUUGUCUAACAGUCUUCUCAUUGUAAAUACAGGUGCUCACAAUAUUGUUCGUUGGGUAUUAGGUGAAAGUAGUUGGACACUUGUUGCAGGUAAUAUUAAUGGAACAGCUGGUAUAUCAUCAAUGCAUCUAAAGUCUCCGACAGAUGUGACACUCGAUCCGAUGGGUAAUAUGUAUGUUGCUGAUAGAAACAAUCAACGAAUACAAUUCUAUCUAGUUGGUGAAACAAAUGGCACAACUAUUGCUGGUAGAACCGGCAUAACUGGCAGUAAUUCUACUCUUUUCGACACACCCUCUUCGAUCAUACUUGAUAAUCAACUCAAUCUCUAUGUUGUAGAUCGUUUCAAUCAUCGAAUACAAAAAUUUCUACGAUAUUAA